AUGUUGGCAAGAUUCCAAUCGAGUUUUGAGAAUAUUGAGUCUUUAUUGAAGAAGCUCCACUGGAUUUCGGUUUCCUCUGCUAUUCGGCUACUGAUUAUCACCACUCGAAAAUCCCUUUCCACUACAAACCAGCAGAGCUUUUCCCUUCUUUUCCCAACUGUUUCGAUACGAGGUGCCGAUGGUGGUGCUGGAAUUGGAGGAGGUGCAGGUAGUGGUGGUGCUGCUGGAGGCGGCGUUGGAGGUGCUAAUGGAGGAGCUGGAGUUGGAGGAGGUGCAGGUGGUGGUGGUGCCGCUAGAGGUGGCGCUGGAGGAGGUGUAGGUGGUGGUGCUGGGGCUGGAGCUAGUGUUGGAGGAGCAGGUGGUGGUGGUGGAGUUGGAGGCAGUGCAGGUGGUGGUGCUGGAGGUGGCAUUGGAGGAGGUGCAGGGGGUGGAGCUGGUGGAGGAGUAGGUGGUGGUGUAGGUGGUGGGGCUGGUGGAGGUGUAGGAGGAGGAGCCCGAGGAGGCGUUGGCAAAGGUGCUGGAGGUGGGGCCGGUGGCGGAAAAAGGGGUGGAGCAGAUGGUGGCUUUGGGAAAGGUGGAGGUAUAGGAGGUGGUGCAGGUGGUGGUUUUGGGGCUGGAGGAGGUUUUGGUGGAGGGCAUAGGGGAUUUGGUAAGGGUGGAGGAGUUGGCGCGGGCGGUGGAUUCGGAGGCCGGACUAGUCCUAGAAUUGGACGUCGCAAAUUGUGA